AUGUCUUCCCAUGUUCUUCAGACUGGUGGUAGCACCGGGUCGAUUGACGGCCAUGCAAGCCAUUUGCAUCUAGAGGAGGCGCAGAAUGCACAAGACGGGCAGGCGCAGGUUCGUGUUUUAAGUUACAACUUCAACAUACUCCCCAGAGGCUGCGGCGGCUUUCAAAAUGAGCGCAUUGACAGUUUUCUGAAGUGCGUUAAUGAGUACGAUGUCUUGCUGUUUCAAGAGGUCUAUGCUGCUACUGUACUGCCGUAUUUUUUGCAGAGGCGUGUCUGCUAUCAGAAGCGUUUCGUGGACGAGCUGAAAGAGCGUGGAUUCACACAUUACGUCAUAUCAAGGCAGCCGUCAUAUCCGACGAUUCUUCGCGAAAACGUGCAUUCCGAUAACGGUCUCAUUAUCGCCUCUCGGUUUCCCAUUGAGCACUGCGGCUCACACACCUUUGACGGCGCUGAGCGCGGCAGCUCGGCCGUUCGCAGAGGUUGCCUUUUCGCGGAGGUCAUGGUGCCUGCGCAGGACGGUGGAUCUGUGCCCCUUCUUCUCUUCAACGUCCACCUGCGUGAGGCAGAGGGCGCCGUGGCGACGUCCGCGCAGGUGAUGGAGACCCGGCGAUUUAUUGACUCCGUCAUUGGCACCCUCUACGGCGAGAACAAUGAGGCGAGCAAGAUCCCACUCGUGGUGGCCGGCGACUUCAACGUCAACGGCAUUGGCCUUCACGACGACGGGCAGCCGGCAAAGCCGUUCACGGAGCUCAUGCAGGAACUACAGCCGAUGGGGGGUGGACUGAGCGAGGUGAUCCUUGAAACCCUCGGCCACCACCCUCCGACCCGUCCCUCAAGGCCGUUCUUUCCGUCUCGGUCAAAAUUGAACCGAGACUUGUUGACGCCGCAGCGGCAGGACUUUUUCUUUGUUACCCCCGCGGCGGGCGUUCGUAUGGCAUGCAUCCGAAAAUUUGUUGCAAGCAGUCGCAGACCGUACGUCUACCUCUCGGAUCACUUUGGCGUGUCCGCAACGCUGGGCGUCUCGGCGACGCAGCCAAGGGUGCCCGCGAAGGCAGCAUCGCGUCCAAUUCCGACGGCGUUCAUGCCCGGGGGCAUUGUUCACCAGCACUCCAAUCCACUUUUGAGCGCGAAAAUGGAAUUUGUUCUGUUGCUUUUGCCGGCGUGUGCCGCGAUGUACUUCAACUCCCUCACGCUCUGUGGGCUGGGAAUAUUAUGGUUCCUGCUGUGGUGGUUCAUCUCACGCAUCUGCGUCCUAAGCAACGAGCGGCAAUUCGCCACCGUGACACGCGCCGUUGUCGAGGGCAAGGAGGCCGUCAGAUUUCCCCACCCCAAGGAGUAUGACUCGCUGCAUGAGGUCAAAACUAUUGCGGAGAUGUGGCAAAAAACGGUCUGCCUUCACAGUACGUUGCGCUGUUUAGGGCAGAGCGAUGCGGCGGGUCGGCCGGAGUGGCUCACGUACGCGGCCGUGGAGGCAAAGGUGCGGGAGCUUGGCUCUGGGCUUUGCGCCCUCGGCCUCGCCCCCGGGGAUGUGAUUGGGGUGGACUGCCAGGCGAACAGGAACGCCGUCAUCCUGGAGCUUGCCUGUGCCACGUAUGGUUUUACCACAAUGACGCUCGUGGGAAAAAGUAAUGCGCUCCGAACCCUAAUCGAUGGGCAGAAUGUAAAAGUGGUAUUUGCAAGCCGAAACGCUGUAGCAUCGCUUCUGACCUGUCGCUCGCGUAAUCUGGAGACUGUGGUGAAUGUGCAUUCGUUCCAAGACGCCGAGGACGAGGCAGUGGCGCGCGACGUCGGGAUUACGCUCCUUUCGUACGAUGGGGUCUGUUACAACGGUCGACUGCAUCUUGUGGCUCCGCCGCCGCACGUGGCUGAAGAAACGGUCUUCUCAUUGGCUGUUGACACAGCCACGACAGGGAAUCCUCUCAGCGUUGUUCGCGUGACGCAUGCCGAUGUGCUUCGCGAUGUCCGCAGUCUGGUCGCCACGGCCGUGCUCCCCAACUCGCAUGGGAAGCAACUUCUUGUGCAGUUUGCACCGUUUUCGAAGCUGUUUAACCGCGUUUUCAUCUUGGGCCUCUUUGCGCACGGAAGUUGUGUGGCCACGUCGGAGAGCGCCACCAGGCAUGCAUUCGCCACGUUCCGUCCAACCAUCAUGUUGGCUUCCCCCUCUUUAUUCGCCACGAGUGAGAUCGAGCUGAAACGACGCAACGAGCGUUACGGGCGUGUUUACACUUGGCUGUUCGAGAAGGCGCUGCAAAUACGCUCUGUGCUCAUCAAUGUGCACUGCCGGGACUCGUCCGUCUUGCGCUUCCUCUUUUUCCGCGCCAUCCAACGCAAGCUUGGCGGCCACGUCGAGAAAAUCGUGCUAUGCGUUUCUGAAGAAAGUGUGUCGUGCCGACUGCAGGAGCACAUUGCGGUCUGCUACUCACCCUGUACGCGGGAGGUGUUUUUUAUGCCCUCCGAGGGCGUCUUCUGCGUUGACGGUCUUCCGGCGCCCGGCAUUCGGGUUGAGUUGGGGCCGCUCGACGGGCCCGCGACGAAGGCCACACUUGGGCAGCUCACCCUCGUGCGCGACGGCGGGAGAAAACACGCCCUGCCGAUCGCGGCCAAGUGGAACGAUAACCGGACACUGCGGCUCAUGGGACCUCCUGGAGGUAUUCUUUUACCCAGCGGAGGCGAGUACGUCGUGGCGGCGGAGCUGGAGCGCCUCUUUGCCCAAUCGCGGUACGUGAACGAUAUAUUCCUCUACGCACGGCCGUCGCGUCCCAUAAUUGCCAUCGUGACGCCCAACCGUGAUACAGUGGAAUUUGAGUGGCAGCAACAGCACUCCACGGGCGUCCAUAAUGGCGCUGAGGACGAGGCUGGCGCCGGUGCUGAGGCGGCGCUGUUGAACUGGACUGAGCUUUCGCGUUACGCGUCAGGGCUUCUGCUUGCAGACUUUCGGCGUCUCGUGAACCUGAACGGCCUCCAUGCAUCGCAGGUCCCAGGGUUUGUGCACCUCCACCCGCAUCCGUUCCUCGACCAUGAGGGCUUCUUGACCGCUUACGCGGGAGUACGGCGCGAGUGUGUGGCACAGUACUUCAAAGCCGUCAUUGAGCGCUGCUACUCGGACACCGAUUCCCACUCCAUCCCGACACCGAGCUACAGCAGCGGCGGCGUCAGCAGCGAUGACGACUCUGCGGAAACGGCCUCCCGUGUUGGGCAACUCUCACUUCGGGUUCCCGUGACCAUUGACAUUGGCGGAAGCUUUGCCAAGUUCCUCUACGUGAAGCCUCCUGGCCACUUCGACAUCCCCGACUACCUGGUGAACGAGUCCUCUUCCCUCUCGGACCGAAUCAAUUUGCGAACCUUUAAGUUCUUUGCCGGCGCCCAAGUCCCAGAAGAGCAGCCCCAAGCCUUUACUUCCUCCACCGUCGGCACAGUGCGCUUCGCAAAGCUGCCAUCAAAGCGCAUUCCGGAUUUUAUCGCGUACCUGGAGGAAACUAAGGCACUCAACCUGUACGGUGAGGAAUACCGCAAGUGUAUACGAGCAACUGGCGGUGGCGCCUUCAAAUACGCGGCACUUGCGAAGAAGAAGCUUGACAGUUCCUUUCAGGCGAUGCGGGAGAUGGACGCUGUGGUGCAGGGCCUCGUUCUUGUCAUUCGCUUGGCCCCGUCGUCUAUUUUUACUGUGGAUCCCCCAACUGGAAUUCACUAUCCCCACAAGCUGCACGGUUCUCCGGGAGACCCACUGUGGCCUUUUCCGUGCUUGCUUGUGAACAUCGGCUCUGGUAUUUCCAUCAUCAAGUGCCUUGGCCCGGACGGCUCGCACGUGCGUGUUGGGGGAAGCCCCAUUGGCGGGGCAACCUUCUGGGGGCUUGUGCGCACCAUGACGGACAUGACCUCGUGGGAGGAGGUGCUGGAGAUCAUGCGGCUGGACGGCCCUGGCGACAACAAAAACGUUGACCUUCUGGUUGGCGACAUCUACGGCUACAACGCGAAGGACCUGCCUGCGAUGCUCUCGGUCGACACCGUCGCCAGCACCUUUGGCAAGUUUGGCACGGACCGAUCCUACGAGGCGAUGGCGGGGCUGUGGUCGCAGAGCAACUUUGGCGAUGACAGGAGUGACGUGAUUUCGCCCUCUACAAGCUCGUCUCCCGUCUCGCCGACGCCGCUUUCGAAAUGGAAGAAGAAGGCGUGUGCCAUGGACAUUGUGCGGUCGCUGCUGAAUAUGAUCUCGAGCAACGUCACGCAACUGGCGUACCUGCACAGCCGCGUGCAGAACGUCCAGAAUAUAUUUUUUGCCGGUGGUUUCGUGCGGGAGAACCCCAUCAUUUGGAGCCUCAUCAGCGCGACGCUGCAGUACUGGUCGAAGGGGGAGUGCCACGCCCACUUCCUCGAGCACGACGGCUACCUCGGGGUCCUGGGCUCCGCGACGAUGUCGGUGGAGGCAGAAACCGCAGCCACGUGA